GCUCAACACUUGUCACGCAUUCGUCGGCUAGUCUUUGUUGGAAGCAGUAAACAAUGUUUUCAACGCGUAGGAGGUCAAAGAAUAUUAUUUUUUUGCGUUUCUAAGUGAAAGGGAAAUCAUUUGAACCAAGUUGAAUGUGGCAAAAUUUGAACCGACAUCGACCGGACCAUCAAAAAUCGUGUCUUCAAUCGAAAACCAGUUUUAGUUCCUCCAAGUGUGAAAUCACCCAUGAGAACUAAGAGAAGAGCAUCUAAUCCAAACAAAGCAAUAACUGACCGAGAGAUUCGUCUCUCUAAAAAAUUAGCCGAAAAUGUUUCGAUUUAAUUUUUCGGACGUGAUAACAAAUCUCUACUUGCGCUGUACAUUGGCUGGAUUGUCCAUAGAUGAGUCAUCGCCAGAGUUGUUCGUGUUAAAUAUUGAUUGCCUCGAAGAGAUAUUCGAAUGGUUGUCUCUGUCUGAUUUGUUGACGCUUCGUCAAACGUGCAAGCAACUGCGGCAUGUGGUAAACUAUUACAUCAAAGCCAAUUACCCGACGAUUGAGAUGGGUUUCAAAAAGAUUGCCAUAUUUCCGACUGAUUUCGAAACGUUUCACAACCUUGAUUCCGUUACAACUAGAGCGAUUCGACAGGUACAUUUUUGGACGGAAGAUUUAAAUUCAUAUCAGAUUGACGUCGUUAGAGAUAUUUUACCACAAAUCGAACGAUUGCUCAUCGGUUGGCCAGCUGAUGGUGAAUUUUACGAGAAUUUUUUGCAAUUUUGCCCGAACGUAAAAUAUAUGUCCAUGUUAAAAGGGCCGAAUCGCACUGAAGACGGUAGAGAAAAUCUUUGGUUGCUGCAGCAAUACCCAUUGCUGGAGCACUUUUUGGUAAAUGAUUUUGAUAGUGGUGGACCUGAAGAGGGUUGGGAAGUGCCUUUGCUCAGAACAUUUUUUCAACAAAAUCCAAACAUUCGCAUCUUUUCCACGACUUUCAAUUUUCUACGGCGAAAUACUGACUGUUGGCUCGGUGCCAACAUCAAACUGGAUCAACUGGAGAUAACUGGAUUCGCAUCGAACAUAAAACGCACAAGUGACUUAUUGAACACACUUUAUGACCAAGGAUUUUACAAGCAUAUUCAUGUUUAUGUUAUGUUUUUAACGACAGAUACGCUAAGAGAUCUGUCCGAAUUGAAAGGCCUUGAAAAAUUAUAUUUGAAAAAUAACAAAGAAUCUAUUGUUUUGCCACCGUUGAAUGAGCUCAAAGAACUCGCUAUGAAUUGCGUACAAGAUCCAGAACAAUUGACCCGAAUAGCACAGAAUCUGACGAGCAUUGAACGGAUUUUUGUGGCUCAAGCGACAAUAAACGAUGUUUUACCAUUCAUUCAACAUGCUCAAAAUGUGAAUAAAAUUAAAAUCAAUCGACUUGAACAUGGUAAUCGAUCUGAAAAUAUUACACUGGAUCUAAUAACACUGAAUAAAUAUCGCAAAGAAUUAGUGGGCGCAUCGAAAAUUACCAUUUAUGUCCCAGAAAAAUGGUAUCUCGAAACAAAAUGGACCAUGGGUACAACUGACUAUAGCUUGAUUGAGCUGAAACGAGCCGAAACAUACAUUUGGGAUCAUUUGUUUUUUUAAUUAUCAGAUUCUUUGACCAUAUUUUUCUUAUUUUUUACAAUUUUUUUCUUAUUUUUGAACCUUUUUUUUCAGAUUCGGUUCAAAUAUUAUCAAAUUCAUGAUUUUUUUAAUUUUUACUUUUUUCACUUGUUUUACUUUUUUCAAUAGGUGUAUCAUUUCUUUCGAUUUCUGUUACUGUGCAAUUAGUUUUAAUUUAGAAAAAAAAUAAUUGAUAAAAUAACAGUUUUUUUUUCUUAUUUCAAUUUUUAAAAUUUUAGUUUUAAUUUGAGAAUUCAAUUUAUAAUUUGAAAAAAUCACUUUAUCAAAAUUGUCUCAAAUUAAUUUUAGUAUUUUGCUGCCUAACAAUCAACUAUUUGAAACUGGUUUUUUUCAUUCUUUUCAUUUAAUUCGAAAUAAAUCUUCAAAGAAUUGAAAUUGUUGAUGAACUCAAAUGUUCAAGUUACUUAAGAAUCAUACAAUUUAUCACAUAAGAAUAGGAAACAGAACAUAGCCUAAAAUCAUUCAAUCAGUUUUUCAAAAUUUUGUAACAAUAAAACUCCAAUAAAUGCCUUUAGCGAUCAGAGCACAA